AUGCGCAAGUCUCGAACCCCCGGGCCCAAGGAUCUCGCUCCCCUGGUAUUCCCUGCGAAAUGGACGCAGCGGGCCGCCGAGUAUCUGCCGGCCAACAAGAGCCAGGCGUCUGUGCUGGCUGUGAUCCGGGAGCUGGCCCAAGAACACAACGCUCGGUCUCAAUGCACCGUUCUGAAGAGACUAGCAUCGACGCUCUCGGCUGUCUGCUCGCAGACGCUCAAGAGAGAUCAUGUGCAGUUUAUCUCCGAGCUGCUUGCGCCACUCUUUGUCGAACUCUACUUUGGCGCACCCGAAUCGCAGAUCCGCGUCCUGAUCAUUGCUGUGUUGGCAAAAUCCAGGGAAUUCAUCGAAGAUGAUCCGCAGUUUCUGGAUCGCAUGCUCGCCAGCGGCUUUUCCAAUGCGCUGCAAGCUCCUGGACAGACCUUGGCUCGACAAGCUCAGCUGGAUCGCAUAGUGCACAUCUGUGGAGUGAUCCAGACCACCGCUGACUGGCCCAUCGGCCGGCAGCUCCUCGCCAACGCUUUCGAGACCACCAGCAACCAUCUCGCAUCCCAAUUGGCCUGGUCCUUUACCGAGGCACAGGCCCUCAUCGCCCAAAGCAAAAUCUCGGGUAACGGAGCUACCACUCAAAUCGAGAUUCAAAAGUAUGUCGUGGGCGCCCAAGAAUGCCUCAAGGCAAUGCUCUCGCUGUGGACAAAGUUCACCAAGGCCUCCGCUGAACACAUCAGGCACACGCUCGAGCUCGGAAACGACUCCACUCGCCAGCUCCUAGCCAUCUCGUUUGCCCUCUGCUUUUCUGGCGAUUUUCCCCGGGAUAUCCAGUUCUUGGCCGGCGUCUUUGCAGCGUCGCUUCUGCAGUGCAUCCCCGUUGUCGAAUGGGGCGGCAUCGUCUUUGCCGGCUCUGUCGAGUCGCAGCAGCCGCUUGCUAUCCCAGGUCUCCAUAUUCGAUCCUCGAUCCUCUGUGAGGAACCUUAUGCAGUGCUAUCGUUUGUUCGAGGAUGCCUGGCAGUACUCGACGUUGAUGAUCUCGUGGUCCGACUUGCACGGCCUGGAGAAAGUAGCGAGACCACAAAUCUCCUCGAAGUAACCUACACUGAAAUCAUCAAGAUCUGCGACAGCAAUCCCGAUUCAGGCACGCGGGUCAUGGCCUUGACGACGCUCGCCCAGUGUCUCGAGCGCAUAUCCGAGGCGCAAGGGCUUGAUCGCAGCGCUCAAGUCUUCCGUCAGUCUAGCUUCGAGAAAACCAUUCAUCACGACCUCUACGGACGUCUGUUUGCAUAUGUGUUUGACGGCUGGAACGAUCCCGUCGACAAAGUCCAGCACUGUCUCAGGGAUAUAUUUCAUGGCCUCCUGGCCAUAUCCAGCCAUUAUGAGGACCCCAAAACUGGCGCCAAUCCAACGCUCAGCCGAAUCCUCGACAACCUCCUCAAGUCUGACUGGCACCAACGCGUCAAAUACGAUCUGCUUUCGCUCUUGCUGACAAGAAUCCCACCCAGCAAGUUGCUUGCGCUGAGACCCGAUUUCCUUUCUUUGUGCUUCGACGUGAUGAGAAACGCAAUGAUGGUGUCUCCGAUAGCUGCAUUCUUGAACCGAUUCUUCGAAGCCGGAUUCAAGGAACCCGAAGAAAAAUGGAAGAGCGAUGAAUGGUGGCUGGUCCCUGUUAUUGAGUCUUUGACAAGCGAAGCCGAGGUUCUCCGCAAGGCCAUGGGCGAGCACAUCGCCGCUCCUCUCAUGAAACAGCGAGGUGACAUACUGGCCAUCCUCAUGGAGGAGCUUCGGGCCACUCAGAGCGGACAGUCCAAGAUGAAUAUCUCCUAUCGCCUCCAUGGCUUGAUCUCGGUCCUCAAGGCCGGCCGAACCGUUGGUGCGGUCGCCUCAAUUGGAUCCACAGCACCCGACAGCGUCUUUGUCGAUCCUGCAAUUGUCCAACAGGCCAUUUGCCAUCCGGACAUGCAUAUCCGGACCGAUGCAUUGGGCCUGCUCUGUGAGAGCCGAAAGCAAACCGCCGAAACAAGUGAGGUCGAAUUUGGAUUGGUCAAGGAGUUCCUGACCUACAAUAGCUCUGUUCAGUCGCCCGAGUUCCGUCAGAAAACUCAGGCAUUUAUCAAGAAAUUCCUCAUUCGCCUACGUCGCACGCUCUACGGCAACUGGCGAGACUAUUCCUCCAAGAGAGAUUAUCUAGCCAGUCGGGGGCCUGCAAAGCCAUCUGCGGAAGAGGAGGCUGCCCUGGCCGUCUUGAUGGACAAGCUCAACACGAAAGCGUCCUUCUUGCACUGGCUCUAUGACUUCCUGAUCGCAUCCCUCUUCCCGGGUUCCAGUUUCCAGCGCGUCACAUCCAGCCUGUCCCUGAUGGCGGUUGUCCAAGAAAGCGAAGCGUUCCAGGUCGACGACAACCUCCGCGUCGAUCCGACUUCUCUUCCCAUCAACAUUGCCCUGGCUCAGCGAUCGACUGUCUCGGCGCUCCUGUCAACUAUCGACACCGACAAUUAUGAUGCAAAUCGCAAGAUGGCGUAUCAGCUGCUAAUUCGAUUCCAAGAGACUCCAGGAUUGGAGUCGGACGGCGAAAUCCAGCAGCUGCUUGAUCUCGGUUUGCGCAAGGUUUGCCACAUCCGCGCGAAUGAAUGCGAUGCCGGCUCGGUCCUACUUCGCCUGCUGUUCUGCAAGUUCGUUCGCGAUCGCAGCCGCAACAUUCGGUUUCCUGAGGCCCAUCUGAAUGAUAUUGACCACGGCUGCCCAAUGUUGAACUUUAUCGACCGCAUCUUGGCCAUGGUCAAGUCCCGCUUGGAUGCUGCUGCAUCGAGUCUGCUGGCCUUGGCGGUGGACCAUCCUGUGCACGGCUUGGUUGCUGCCUUGGUCAAUAUCGUGGAGGAAAUCCAGUACCACGACCGCGUGGUUGCAGAUAACCGCAGCCAGUGGGCUGCUCUGCUCAACGAUCUUUUCGACACCGUCGAGAGGGCCUCGCUGUUUGUCCUCCCGGUGCUGAGCGAUGCAUCGGCGGCUGGCCAUCUGCCCUCGCUUGGAGACGAUAACGAAGAGGAUGACAUGCUCGAGGACGACGCCGUGGCUACGGACGGAGAUGUCAAUCUCGACGAAAAGUCGCUCAAGAACCAACUUGUAUUGCACCAAUCCUUCCGCGUCAUCAAGGAGGGCACCGCCCUGAUUACCGCCAUUCUUGUGCGCUCCCCACUAUCUAAAUCGGACUGCGAUCAGGACGGACUGGUUUCGUUCGCCAACGUCACAAGGGGGGGAGAUCUCUUGAAAAUGUUGCUGAUGAAGACUCGACACCGUGGAGCCUUUUCCUCGGUCCAUGAAGCCUUUGCCGCCGUCACGACUGCAUUUUUGAAGUGCCCCAGCACCGAAAUCUCCAGGCUACCUCUUGAGUGGCUCGAGAACUUUAUCCAUCAGGUCCAGGACUUUAGCGUCUCGACAACGCGCCGCAGCGCAGGUCUCCCCUACGGUGUGUUGGCCGUCAUCAGCGCCCCGAUUCCUGCCAAGAAGGCUAUUUUGACCACCACGAUCGAGCGUCUGCUCAAGAUUGCCUUUGAACCCAUCGAUGCCGAAGGAGACGAGCGCCUGGAUCUGCCUCAGGCGCAUGCAUACAAUGUCAUCCGGGCUGUACUGACCGAUGCCUCAAUCGUGAAGGAUGUGCGCGACUACUUCAGCGAUGGCUUCAUUCUCAGCAUCCGUGGAUUUUCGUCCUCCAGCUUCCCCAUUCGCAACUGUGCAGCCAUGCUCUUCUCCACCCUGAUUACCAAAGCUUUGGGUGUCAAGAAAUCCAGAGAUGAACAACACAGCAUCAACACCGUGACUGGACGGGAGUUUUUCACGCGCUUCCCCAAGCUGCACGGUUUCCUCCUGCAGGAGCUUGAAGUUGCUGUGUCGGCCUUGGAAACGGGCAAAAUCCAUCCUGCACUCUAUCCCAUCCUGACCAUAUUGGCGCGCCUGAAGCCGUCUAUUCUCGAGACAGAAGGAUCGGAGAACAUGCUGUCCACGUUUCGGCCCGUUGUGCAUCGCUGCUCGCGGAGCUCGAUCCUCCAAGCCCGCGAAAUGUCGGCGCGUGCAUUCGCUUCGCUGAUUGCGCCAAGCGAGUUGAUGGCGACUCUCAGCUCGCUGCUCGCCGAAGCCAACCCAGGCCGCCAGAAUCAUCUGCAUGGCAUUCUGCUCCAGACACAUGCCUUGCUAUCGUCACACCUCUCGAUCGAGCUUUACGGUCUGGCUCGCUGCCAAGAGAUCAUGGCAAAGAUGCCAGCCCUGUUUGAAUCCAUCUGGUGGGUCUUUGCAGAGAACACAUGUGCUGUAACAACCGAGCUGGCGACAUCGAUCCUCGGUCAACUCUUUGUCAGUGGCGACUAUUGGAAGAACGGCAACCUCACCGCACAUGAAUCGUCAGAAAUCGAAGCGUCGAUAGAGCGCCACUUUGCCACAAUUCGUCCCAGAAUCUGGAAAACGGCAGUGGCCCGCAUCGCCACUGCGGACUCGAGCAGCAUUGUCGUGGCUCGGUUUGCUCUCCGCCGCAGUCUUGCUCUACUGGUCCUCCAGGGACUCAAAAUCAAGGCGCUGCGGCUCGAAGCUGAAGCUGCGGCAACAGACUUGCAGCAUUUUGUCCUGCUGUUCUUGUUCGACCACGACUAUGAAGUCCAAUUGGCUGUCCUGGAGUUUGUCGACAGCCACUGCCAAGGAGAGGAGCCUAUCCAUGCCCUGGGAGUCGAUCUGAGCCAACUCCAGGCAGCCUUGGUUACCAUUGUGGAGCAGCACUCGACCUACCACAUUGCCAUCCAAAAGGCAGCCAAGCUGCUGACCCAGCUUCAUCUUCAGCACGGCGUGAACAGUGCGUACGUCUCGAGGAUUCCGGCCAUCUGGGACCUGCUGAUGAAGCGAUCGCUCGAAACCGCCAACCCGAAUUAUGUCGAGGCUAUCAUGCCGCUGCUUGGUUCUCUGAUUCCUCAGAUCUCUGAAGACAAGCGAAGCACCUAUGCAUCGUCUCUGAUCGCUGUCAUUGGCAAAUGGAGCGAUCCCAACAACGCGCUCUCCAUCCGAGUGGCCGCUGUCGAUGCCUUCAAGUGGGCCCUGGCAAGUCUCAAGCUCAGUCAACUAGACGAACAUCAGUCCGUGGAUACAUUCCUGUUGAUUGAUCGUCUGUUGAAGGAUGAAGAGCCAGGUGUCCGUGAAGAGAUGGCAGCUGCUGUCAGCGCAAUGGUCGCUCUCUCGGAGCCAAUCAUUGCGACAAAAUGUCGCGGCGUUCUUGUGCAGCAUAUGUGCGCAAGAAAGUACUCAGCUGAAGGCGCCUUGUAUCUGGCGAAGCAGUUCUCUGUGGUGCUGGAUCUGGAGCACAUUGUGCUUGGUUCUGCGUCCGGAACCAAGGUCCUCUUUGCCAAGGAAGAGCACAACUCUCACCACGAGGACAUCGUGGACGUCCUCCUCGCUACCGCGGCACUCAAGCAGCUCAUGAGCCAGUACGCCGGUGUUCAGGAGUCGACCCGGGAGUCGAUCCGCCACCAGAUCGCUUCAAACAGUGCGCUGAGCCAGAGUCUGGAACAUUUUGAUGCCGGGCUGCAGGAUGCGGCUCAGACGCCGUCUGGAUUUGCCAAGGUCGCUCGUGUCGUCUGCUGCUUCUACCUUCUCGGCGAAAGCACGUCUGGCCUUCCCCUUGCCACCCGCCUCCAUCCGCUCUUGGCCAGGCUCGACUCGGCCAUCCACUUUCUUGCAUGACGGCCCAGGUCAACCUUGCAAGCAGGAUAAACAGACAGCCGAUGACGGUGGCUAGCAGACACCCUUCCUACUUCGAAUAACCGAAUGUGGCCUCGUUUGGGUCGACGGCACAUCGGCCAGAUUAACAAUUCGGGACACCCAUGCCGGACGCUCUUGGUUCGCUGCAUAUUGC